GGUACACCAGUGCCAGUCCCUCAGAUCCUUAGUACACCAGUGCCAGUCCCUCAGACCCAAGGUACACCAGUGCCAGUCCCUCAGAUCCUUAGUACACCAGUGCCAGUCCCUCAGAUCCUUAGUACACCAGUGCCGGUCCUUCAGACCCAUGGUACACCAGUGCCAGUCCCUCAGACCCAAGGUACACCAGUGCCAGUCCCUCAGACCCCUGCAGGAUCAGUGCCAGCUCAGGCCCCUCCAGCACCACAGCAACCAUCUCAGGUCUCUGUGGUGCCAAUACAAAGUCACCAUGACCCCACAGCACCAGUCCCAGUUCUUCAGGCUCCUGCAACGUCAGGACCAGCUCCUCAGGAACCUGGGCAACAAGUUCCCGUUCCACAUUCCCCCACAGAACUAGUGCCAGUUCACUGGGGAUAUUGCAGUCUAGUGCCAGUCCCUCAGACCCCUACAGUGCCAGCUCAGGUCCCAGCAACACCACAGCAA